AUGGGUCGCCGCCGCCGCACAGGAAAGGCCUCGCGGCGUGCCGCGCCACCCCACGCGCGCCCAGGGAAGCCUGGGGCGGCGGAGGAGCCUCAGGACAGCCGGCAUGCGUCGACCUUCUCGGGAUCGGCCUCUGCGCCUUGCUCGUUCGUCGUGAAGCGCGGCCGCUUGACGCCUUCGGCGCGACUCCUCGUGCAGGAUCUCCGCAUGCUCAUGUCGCCCUACUGCAGCUCUCGGCUGAGGGAGAAGCGCAGCAACAAACUGAAGGACUUCGUUGCUGUCUCCUCGCUCCUCGGCGUGACACACCUGCAGGCCCUCUCGCAGACGGAGGCUGGCGUCUACCUGAAAGUCGCGCAGCUGCCGAACGGACCCACACUCACCUUCCUCGUUAAAAAAUUCACUUUGAUGAAAGAUAUCCGCAAGGCUGCAGGCUCCAAGGCACGGAACGACGCCCGCGACUUCCGCUCGCCCGCCCUCCUCCUCUUCAGCGGCGGCAGCGCAGGCGAGAAGGAGAAAAAGCGAGACAAGAAGGCCGGCGAAGAUGAGCCGCCAGGCGACCACGCCGCACUCAAAGCGCGCGACGUGGAACAGCUCGUCACAAAAAUGAUGAAAAACGUCUUUCCUGCCAUAGACGUCCAGAAUGUCGCACUUUCAGACUGUCGGCGCGUGGCGUUGUACCGGCGCCAGCACGUGACGGCGUCUUCUGGGCUGUCGAAGACGAGCUUCAUUUACCAGUUCCGGCAGUACGCAGUGGUGCGGCGGGCAGCGGGCGUGACGUCUGGCGUGCGGCGGCUGCUCGAGGCGGCGACGCGCCCUGCGGCGGAGAAGAAGAUCUUCAAGAGUCUCGGCCUGCGCGAGGCGACGAAGAAGAGCGAGCAAGCGCGCGAGGCGCGCGCGAAGGAGCGCCUGCGGCAGGGGCUCGAGCGCGGCGCGCUCUCCGAGGCGGAGGAGGACGAGGCGAGCGACGGGGGGGGAGCGGGCGCGCGCAGGCGGCGCGAUCUGGACAUCUGCGACGUGACGCUCAGUCGCGAGCGCGGCGGCCGCGGCAGCUGCUUCUCAGACAGCGAGGCGGAGGACGACGACGAGAAUGUCGUCGAGUUCGACGCAGAGACGGCGGUCGCCGCCUGCCCAACGAGUGCCCGCGCCAAGAAACAGAGUCUGGACGCGCUGCUCAGCUCCUGCGCCGAGGGAGGCUUGCUCCGCGAAGACAGAAGGAAGAAGCGCGCCGCAGACGACGACGAAGAGGAGGUCGAAGCCGACGACGACAGAGACGAGACCUGGAAAAUGGCCGUCUCCCUCGUCGAGCUCGGCCCCCGAAUGGAGCUGCAACUCGUGAAAAUCGAAGAAGACGUCUGCGCUGGCGGAGUUCUGUAUCAUCACUUCAUCUCGAAGACUCCUGAGGAGCUGCGCGUUCUCAAAGCCAAAGAAGCUGCGCUGAAGGCUGAGCGCCAGCGCCAGCGCGAGGAGAUGGAGCGCGCAGUCGAGAUGCAGAUGAAGAAGAAGCGGAAGGCGGAGGAGGCGAGCGACGCAAGCGGUGCGUCCAGCGAGGACGAGUCAGCGGGCAGCGAAGGCAAGAAAGGUGGCAAGCGCGAGCGCGAGACAGAGAAGCGGAUCGCGCCGUCGUUCGAUGAGCUGGCUGGGGCGCUUCUGGAGGAGGGCGAGAGCUCGGGGUCUUCAGAGAAGGGUCGCAAACGCACGCGACACGUAGCGCGAGGCGAAGACGACUCAGACGCUGGUGAAGAAAGUGAAGCCGACGACGACGCCGGCGCUGCGGGAGACGACGAAGCCGAUGAAGACGAUGAAGGCGAUGGAGGGACAGGCCGCGGGGGGGCGGGCAAGCGAAGAAAGUUCCAUCCAUUCUCGUUCAAGAGGAAGGAGAAGAAGAAAGAGGCGGAGGCCGGCGACGACAGUGGGGGCGAGAUCCCGACGGUCUCGGAGCGCGACUUGAAGGGCAGCGGGAAAGACGCGCAGCGGUCAGGAGCUCGAAGCAACUUGAAGAAGGCUCGGGAGCCGCGCGGACGGAAAACCGCUGCCAGUAUGGUGCUGCGGAAGUACCAGAAGGCGAAGGAGCGAAGCCGGAAGUCUGGAAAGAAGUGA